AUGGCCUCCAGGAAUGUGGCCAUAGGACUGAUGUUGUUAUCACAGGUUGCUGUUGGAACACUGGGAAAUUUCUCUCUGCUCUAUCAUCAUUUAGUCCUUUCCUGCAGUGAGAGCACAUUGAGGUCCACAGAUGUGAUUCUCAAGCACCUCAUGAUAGCCAACUUGUUGGUCAUUCUUGCUGGAGGAAUUCCCCAGACAAUGACAGCUUUUGGAUUGAAAUAUUUCCUCAGCGAUAUUGGAUGCGAACUCAUUUUUUAUAUUCAGCGAGUGGGCAGAAGUCUUUCCAUUAUCAUCAUCUGCCUCUUGAGCAUCUUCCAGAACAUCUCCAUCAGCCCCAUGAACUCCCAUUGGAAGGAUCUCAAAGGAAGAAUUCCAAAGUACAUUGGUUUCUCCAUUUCAUUCUGUUGGAUCCUGUACAUAGUGCUAAAUUCUAUUUUUCCACUCUAUGUGUUUGACAAAAUGAGUAGUGAAAAUACAACAAACAAAAGAGAUUUUGGGUACUGCUCUUACAUAGGUGGUAACAAGAUCGCAGACUCAUUAUAUGCAGCAUUGAUUGCAUUUCCUGAAGUUGUCUUUUCUGUGCUCAUAAUCUGGUCCAGUGGCUCCAUGGUUCUCAUUCUGUACAGGCACAAACAGCAGGUUCAGCACAUUCGCAGCCUUAAAAAAUUCCCCAGAUGCUACCCUGAGUCCAGAGCCACCAGGAGAAUCCUUGCCCUGGUGUGCACCUUUGUGACUUUCCACACACUCUCUUCCCUAUUAAAUUUAUAUAUUGCUCUAUUUUCUAACUCUGUUGUGUGGAUAAUGAACACCAAUUACCUAAUUUCACUCUGUUUUUCCACUGUCAGCCCCUUUCUUCUCAUGAGCCAUGAAUCCACUGAAAUCCACUCUAUCCAGGAUUUCAUUUGUCUGCAUAAAAAGAAAAAAAAUCCUGCAGGUUGA